UUUCAGCUCAUACUCAGAAAGAUGAUUGCCACUUCAAUGGCGGUUCUCCAGCACACUUACGCGGUCCCCCUGGCGCGCGCCGCCGCCCGGUCUCGCUCCCUCUCGGCGUUCGCGGUUCCGACUAAGGCCGGCGUCUCCGUCCCCUCGAACGCGCGGGAGUCUCAGGUGCUUCUCGGCAUGUCGGAGCCCGAGCUCCAGCGGCUUGCUCUCGACUUCGGUCAGGAAAAAUAUAGAGGGAAACAACUUCAUCACCUCCUAUACCAGAGAAAGGUUAAAGAUAUCCAGGACUUUAGUAACUUGCCUCUGGCAUUCAGAAAUGAUCUCCAGGAAUCGGGAUGGAGGGUGGGCUGGUCUCCGAUAUAUCAAACAGUCAAAGCAGCAGAUGGCACUAUUAAGCUAUUGAUAAAAUUGGAGGAUAACAGAUUAAUUGAAACCGUCGGAAUACCUGUUGAAGAUGAGAAGGGCUCGAUGCGACUCACUGCAUGCGUCUCAUCCCAGGUGGGUUGCCCAUUGAAAUGCUCCUUCUGUGCUACUGGAAAAGGGGGAUUUUCAAGAAACCUUCAGAGUCAUGAAAUCGUUGAGCAGGUGUUGGCUAUUGAGGAGGUAUUCAAGCAUAGGGUAACGAAUGUCGUGUUUAUGGGAAUGGGGGAGCCAAUGUUAAAUAUGAAAUCAGUUCUUGAAGCACACCGAUGCUUGAAUAAGGAUAUCCAAAUUGGCCAAAGAAUGAUCACAAUUUCGACCGUGGGAGUUCCAAAUACUAUAAGGAGGCUUGCCUCUCACAAACUCCAGUCUACGCUCGCUGUCAGCUUGCAUGCUCCUAAUCAGAAACUUAGAGAAAGUAUAGUUCCAAGCGCGAAAUCGUACCCUUUGGAAGCGCUCAUGAAAGAUUGUCAGGAUUACUUCCAAAAAACCAGCAGAAGGGUUUCCUUCGAGUAUGCACUGUUAGCUGGAGUAAAUGAUGCAGAAGAGCAUGCUGUAGAACUUGCGGAUUUGCUGCGGGAAUGGGCACGUGGCUCCCAUGUGAACCUCAUCCCUUUUAAUCCUAUAGAUGGCUCUGAUUACCGGCGACCCUAUAAGAAAGCGGUUCUUGCGUUUGCGAAUGCUCUAGAGUCUCGUAAAGUAACAGUUAGCGUGCGCCAAACGAGGGGAUUAGAUGCGAGCGCAGCUUGUGGCCAACUGAGGAACGAGUUUCAGAAGAGCCCUUUGGUUGUUGAGUCCGAGGAGAUGGAAUCACAACCUGAAUUUGCCGUCGCCUGUUAGUUUCAAGAGGUCGAUGUCAUUUCAUUGGGUUCUCGGAGCUUCAAGCGGUUCACCCUAUGAACAAAAAGCUGAAUGAAGAUAAAGCUGGGAGUGGAGACUAAGGUUAAGCUCUCAAUUUGCAUCAUACAGCUGGAAGAGAUACCGGUUGCGGUUCCGACCGCACUCAGUGUAACAUCUUUGCUCUGCGGUGAGAUCUGUCAUGUAAAAUCAUGCAUAGUGAUAUGAUCGAAGUUAGAUCACUAUGUAGAUCACUUGCCUACUCGCAAACCCCCGUCAAAUGCAGGGAAAAGAUACUUUCAUAGCCCCUAUUGUAUAGGGAGAAAUUUUGUCUAUAUGAUACGUACAUCUCGAUUGGCUCUUGAACUGCUGAAUUGAUAUCUGGUCGAGCGUAUUACAGUUGAAAUUUCGCAUUAUUCA